AUGAAUUCCUCAUACAAUGAAUUAGAAGAAGCCCCUGGCUCACCCCCGAGAGGGCCCCCCGCCGAGAAAAAUAAGACUGCAGGGCAAGCCACAAAAAAGACUGACCUGUAUAUUAAGUUUUCUAAUGAGGAUGUGGCAGGUCUAAUUUUCUACCACAACACAGGUGGGCUCUACCCAGUAGGAGCAAGCUACUCCCAGCGCGAAAGAAUUAAACAUCUGGCACCAAAGGUGUACACAGAGGGGGAUACUUUGUUCAUUAAAAAUCUCCAAGGCGACCCUUUGAUUGUUGUAUCGUGCGAAGACCUAAACACAAUACGCGACUUAUUCUGGAAGUACCACGGCGAAAUGCACCGGCCUACAAUAGAAAUAUUCAAGUUCAUACAAAAAAAGUACUAUGGAAUACCCUUUAAGGCUGUCACACCGUGGCUGCAUAUGUGCCCAGCCUGCAGAAACGUAAUAAUCCAUGCAAAGUACCAGAAGGUAGUUCAAGACGUAGUGAAGGUUAUUCGGGAGCCAUGGUUUGCAAUCUGUGUGUAUCUUGUGCCCUGGAGUGACUUAGUUCCAGCAAAAGGAGGGUAUAUUCUUUUUGUCAUGGAUAUAUAUUCUAGGUUUACACUUUUCAAAGAGCUGCCAUAUUUUGAUACUGACGUAAUACAGGAGUAUAUGUACAGCCUGUUCAUGACGUACGGUGUGCCUGAGAUAGCAAAACUCCCAGGAAAGGAGCUGAAUAUCCCAGAGAUAAUUAACUUCUUUCAAGAGACGCACAGAGUGCAGGUAGUGAACUCAGAAGAGCAUCCAGAGCACUUUAUCUCAGAGACCACGGAGGCACCAAAGAUGCAGGUCUCGUGGCUUCUCGUUGAAAUGGGCAAGAUGCCAAAUACUUCGCCACAUGCAGCACUAAAAGAAAUCAUAUACACACAGAACUUCACAUCAUGCGAAAAGGGAGGAAAGAAGAUCAAAGGAAACAGAGCCCCAGCAAAUGUAUUUUUCCGGCGGAUUGUUAAUAAUAUUAACCGAAGGCCCAGAAGCACAAUAAAAAAAUACAAAAUACUUCGGGCAGACCUUCCUUCACUCAUUGAUCUCCUGCCAGAAGACCCUGUAGAGACAAAAUCCAAGAGACAACAGGACAAAAAAGACAAUAGUACUUCCUCGCACCAGAAUAGAAAAAGAAUUAAGAGUGACAGAGAAAUAGAAGCAGAAACCCGGCCAUCUGCAGAUAUACGGGAGCACCUAACACUCUACGACCCAAGCCACAGAGAAAACUCUAGGCUGGAGGCACCCAAUGGGUACUCACAUUUCUUAGAGCACAGUGGAGGUGAUCACCAAAAAGGAAAGCUAGUCUGCGUUGCCACACCAGGGUCUGUCAGCAAGGAGCCAGUGCCGGCUGAAUGUAUAGAGCCGCCCAAAAUACUGAAGUACGCAAAGGAGAAUGAUUGGCCAAUUGACCCUCCUGAAAGAACUCACUUGUGGGCGCGGAACAUGGACCCUUCAAAGAUUGAGUUCCUUCCAGGCCGGUACUGGAUCAUCAAACAAGCAGAAGAGGCCUAUGGCCACUGGAAGCUAUACAACGUGGACACGAAAGAGGUUAUUACAGUCCCACAGGAUAGGAUAUUCGAGGCUAAAAAGUCUGUUGUAAAAGAGAGCAGGCACCUGAUUUCCUUUUUAUUUAAGAAGUUCUUUAAUGAAUGUGAUAACUCAGGGAAUGCUCAAUAG